AUGUCGACACCUACCUCGCCGCCGAUUUCUCCCCUUCUCUUCUCCGCCCAGCUUUAUCCUGGCCGAGCGCUCGGCUGGUUGGUCCUUGGAGCGUCGUUGCACGAUAUCUUGACUCGCCUCAAGACAGAGCCCCAGCGGUUCCCGAAUCUCGAUGUCAAGUACAGCCCAAUCGAGCCGACAAAAUCGAUUGUCAUUAUCGAUCUCCCUGCAAACGGCAUUCGUCUACAAUUCGACGCCCCAGAGCAGCGACUACGCUUAAUCGAGGUGGUGGACUUUACCAAGAAUCAUAUCUUUCUCAAGGCAGCCGACAACAAGGAGCGUGACCUUGUCCGCCCUGCCACAGCAUCCACCCCGUCAACCGAUAACCCCGCGGGCCCUACGUUCCGUCACAUCUACCAGCGGUUUCUUGGUCCCACCUAUGAUGGCGAGUUCAUUGAUGGACCGAAGACGCCAGACAACGCCGUCGAUCAAUAUGGGCUCUACGUUCUGUCAUGGCCCGGUGUGGCCUUUAGUUUCCUCAUGAAGAAAGCGAGCUACUCGGCCAAGAAGAACGUGGUUGAUCUGUUGCCAUCCACGCAAGUCCCCGAGACCAUGGGCAUUUUCAGUGGGGAUUCGUGGACACAAGCCCGACAGACGCUGUGGACUGAUGUGCUGCCCAGUCUCAAGACGUUCACGCCACUCACUAAGGGAAAGGAGGUGUUUCCUGACGAGGUGUCUCUGAUCAAGAUUUACGGGGCAGGGAAACUGCAGGUCUUUCGAAAGUGGACGGAUCAGCACUUUUGGAUCAGGCUUGGACAGACAACUCCGCAAGACCUUGUAUCCCACUUGGGUCCUCCCGAUGCCAUAUACCGGAAAAACGACCAUAAGAUGUUCGCCCACAAAGUGCGGACUGGUAGCGAUGCCCUGAAGCGACCAGACAGUGCUGAUUUGAAGCAUCAGGACGACCUUACAGAUACAGAUCAAUCAUCGGCAAACGCUGGGUCGGAUGGUUAUCACUCUAGCGAUGAUGAAACCAGUGAUGUCAGCGUGGAAGGCCACGUGUCAGGCGAGUGCUUCUACAACUAUUUCUACCAUGGAUUCGAUGUGUUGGUCUCGAAGCCGACGGCGCCAUCACCGGUACCGCCUUCCCAGGAGCAGGGAAAGAAUGUACCCAACGUUCCCAGGGACUGGCUUCUCACAGCCAAUGCCGACAGCCUUGUUGCCACAAAGAUUGUUUUGCACGGAAAUGUGCCUGGGUCGUAUCCCUUUAACCGGCACCGUCGCUGCCGAUGGGAAAUCCCGUAUCUUUCAUCUGCCUCGGACGUUGUGAUCAACUCAGAGUCGGAUUUCCCGCAAAUCGAGGAGAGCCUGCGCAAAGAGUGGCAGUCCAUCUACCCUUCUGAAGAUGAGGCGCGCAAGGCGCAAAGGGGCAUGGUUCUUAAUAGGGGCUGGGGAGACAGUCCCGGUAGCAGCAUCGAGUUUCUCGGCGGCUGGGAAGGAGACGGCGCUGCGGCAGCACCAGACGCCGGUGGCACGGCCAAGAAGUUUGAUGGGCCCGCAGAUUCCACAACUACUUUGUAUGGAUUUCCGGGACUCGUUUUUGAGGUGUUGAAGAACGGUGCUGUCACUGCGGGAUGGACCAUUUCGCCAGUAUUGUUUAAUUUGCGUUUACAACUUCACACAUAAGCGGAUUGCUUUUCAACAUGGUUUAAUCUCAGCUAAACCUAUAGUACUGUCCAACACAGGGUCAAGAUACAAAUUAAGUACUAAACACGCGUUGAACUCGGCAGUCUGGUCCAGCACAUACAUACACUACACACAUGCCUAC